AUGGAAAGGACGAUCACUUUUAAUGAAUUCAAAGGGGCGAUAUCCAGAUUAAAAAAUAACAAGGCACCUGGGAUCGACAACUUCAAGGUGGAAAUAGUCAAAGAACUAUGGAAGCAAAAGCCGGAAGCAAUUCUGUGCUUAAUUAACAACUGCUUCAGCCAGGGAGCGUUUACUAAACAAUGGAAAGUGGCUAACCUGAGAAUAAUUCUGAAAGAUGAAAAUAGAGAUAGAACGCUACUGAACUCGUAUUGUACUGACCAAUUGCGCUUCUGCCAGUGGUCGGAAAAAUAUACGAGAAGGUAGUCGUAAACAGAAAAAGUCUCUGUUCGCGUGUCCAACCUGUUUCUGGAAAUGCAAUUUCGACAUGAAAAUCGACAUUAAAAGUGGUACAAGUGGGCCAUGCCACCUGUUUUUGUAAAUAUUCUUCGAUAUUUCGAAUUUAGUAUCUGGGUCGCGAUCACGGAUGGGCAGGUAGGUAUCGAUACAAACGUUUAUAUAGGUGCUGCUCAAGCACUCUCAUGCUGA